UAAAUACAACAAUUUAGCUUUAUAAACUUCGCCACACAUUUCUGAAGAGGCGAUGGCCGCGCGGACUAGUGUCCUUUUGGCUAUGCUCCUAUGGAUCCUUUUCGCCGCGGUCCAGUCGGCGGAAUGGGAGGACAUUCACUACGACCCGAGUGAGUGCAGACAGCCGCAGCUGACAGCUCCACUUAAAGCUUCAAUUUCCAUCCGCAGACCAUCCUGGUAAGUGCACCAUCAACCCGGGACUCGUCCUCAAUCCGGGGGUUAGCAUCAAGGAUCCCACGCACGAGUGCCGCAAAAUCUUGUGUGGCCUCAAUGGACGUGUCGUUUACCACAGCUGCGGAGUUAGCAUCCUGUCGCCUCCUUGCCGCUACGGUGACUACAUCAAUCCGGAUCUUCCCUAUCCUGACUGCUGCAGCAGGACCCUACUUUGCAACUAGGCAGGCCGAUCGUUCGUUGUCAAUUGGAUGUACAAUAGUUUAUAUUUAUAUCGAAAUCUGUGCAAAAUGUCGUUUGUUCCAGAGACUUUUAUUAUUUAUGGCUUUUUAUGGAGCUUGGUGGUUUUCCCAGCUUUCGCUAAUUUUUCCCUCUACAACUACGGGGAUUCAGCCUAUCCCAAUUGCUGUGUUCUCGAUAUUGACUCAACGCGGAUACUGCUUAAAAUGGGUCAGAAAUUUCGCCCAAAAUUCCUGCCCUGCACGACAAUUUUAUGCAUUGGCGAUGGAUAUGGAAUGCUGUUUACGUGUGAUAAAAAGGAACCACCAGAGCACUGUCACUUUAAGGAUUAUUUGAAUGGGGAUGCCAAUUAUCCAGAUUGUUGCUACCGCAAACUUGAGUGCGACUGAAAUUUCUAGUUACAUAAUGUGUUUAAAUUUAGGUGAAAGUGAAUUUUUCAAAACUAACCAACCAGCUAAAAUAAAGUUUUGAAUAAAUCAAUUUUACACAC